GUUCCUCAGCACAAACCCAUCCAGAGCCAUCGUGGCACAGUACAGGCAAUGCUUCGUUCUGCACAGGACACCAUCCAGACACCAGGAGUGGCCCAACAGCUGCCUCGCAACCAUGUUCCCACACAGCUUUGACUACAACCAGCCGAUGAGAAAUCGUUGAGAAGAAGGAGACAUGAUGGGACAGUUCCCAGAGGAUGUGGUGGGUGGCUCCACCACAGAGGAUCUGGAAUGCAAGAUCUGCUACUGUGCUUACAGCCUGUCAAGUCAACGGCCCAAGGUCCUCGAGUGCUGCCAUUGUCUUUGUGCCAAGUGCCUUGCAAAAAUCCUUGAUUUAGGCGAAUCCUCUCCGAACGCAGUGGUCUGUCCAUUCUGCCGCUACAUCACAGACCUUCCCGGAGAAGAUGUGGACAGUCUACCGGAUGAGUAUAACUUGGUGACGGCACUGCUGUCCAUCCAGACACGGAAGCAUCAGAACCUUUAUGACAACCAAGGGGAGAUUCUCCUCAGUCCUAGACGCCUUAACUCCCUGGUGGGACACUCGGCCUCAGCUUCUCCCACCUCGAUCCGUUCCAAUUACGUGGUGAUCACCAUUAUGGAGCCUCGACAGGAGUCUGUUAUUCCAGCUUCGGGUAGGGAUUACCGCUCUUCCAGUCAGGACUCCAUGUCCUCCGUUACCCAGAGAUGGACAGUGUGGAACUGUGCGACCCUGCUGUGCCAGACUUCAGCACGCAUCCUGAUCUGGCUGCUGGGGCUGCUGUACUUCAGCUCGCUGCCUCUUGGUGUCUAUCUGCUAAUCAUGCAGAAUACCACGAUGGGGGUGUUGAUGGUCAGUCUGGUACCUGUCAGUCUUCUAAUCGUCAUGGUGUACGGCCUUUGCCAAUGCCUGUGCCGUGAGUUUUGGGACUGUGUACCACCAUAA